AUGACAUCAACAUUGAAUACGGACACCAGACUGGGCUGGAUCGGCCUUGGCUCCAUGGGCAUCGGCAUGUCCAAGAACCUGCAAAAAUAUCUCGCAGCUUCAGGUGCGCCGCCGCUGUCAUAUACCAACCGGACCUUGUCGCGCGGCGAUGGCCUCAAGGCUCUCGGCGGAGUUCCGUAUGAGACUGUCGGCGGGGUUGUUGCCAAUUCGGACAUUAUUUUUACUUGUGUCAGCAAUGACCAGGUUCUGAACUCUGUCAUAGACGAAGUGCUUGCUUCUGGCAGCAGUGGCAGUUUAAAAGGAAAAAUCUUUGUCGACUCCACAACCGUUCAUCCCGAAACGACAAUCAGUGUUGCGAAGAAACUUACAGAUGCGCAUGCAGAGUUUGUAGCUGCACCAGUGUUUGGAGCAUCCGCCAUGGCAGAAGCCGGCAAACUGAUCUUCACACUUGCCGGUCCUGAAUCAGCCACAUCAAAACUCUCGCCCUAUCUAGUUGGCGUCAUGGCCAAAUCCAUUAUUCCCAUGGGAGAAGACGUUUCGAAAUCUACACUGUUGAAAAUAGCCGGAAACGUCAUAGUCAUAAGCUUCAUGGAAGUCAUUUCGGAGGCGCAUGUCCUUGCCGAAAAGACCGGUCUUGGUUCGCAAAUCCUCGAGACCAUGCUCGGCGACAUGUUUGGCCCAGUGGUGUAUUCGUAUUCGAAACGUAUUACUUCAGGCGCAUAUGCGCCUCCGAUAGACCAAUCUGCUGGGUUCGGGGUGGAUCUCGCAUUGAAAGAUGUCCGACACGCCUUGCGCGUGGCGUCGGAAAAUGGAACCACCCUCGAUGCGCUCGAGGCUGCGCUCAAACACAUGCAGCGGGCCAAGGCCUUUGCAGACUCGCUCGGUGGCCGGCCCUUGGAUAGCUCGUCCAUGUAUGGCGCCAUCCGAAGAGAUGCGGGCUUGGACUUUUUCUCGGAUGCGAUCAAGGCGAGAGAUGCUUCUUUAUAGAACGGGAGAGCGGGGG